GAAAGCCAGCUGGCACCCCGGGUGUGAAUUUUCACCGUUGCCCGGCGUCUUUUCCACCGAAGGACGCUCGCACCCUCAGAGGCUGAACUGACUCGAGGACGGAGCUGCUCUGUCGGGUCUCCCUCCUCCCAGGAUCCACACGCUCAGGCUCAAACAGCCUUCCUCAUAUACAGUCAGGUCUAGUCCACUGCUACCUCUGAUCCAUCCAAAAUGGCUCCCACCCUGACCACUGCCUUCUCCCGCCGCUGGUGGAUGGCAGUCACAGCAGUAAUCGAGAACCUGCUUUUCUCUGCUGUGCUGCUUGGCUGGUCGUCCCUGCUCAUCAUGCUCAAGUCAGAGGGCUUCUACUCUUACCUGUGCAAAGGACGAGACAACAGCUCCAGCUACAACCUCUCCAACACAUCCACCUCUGUGGCAGACGACGUGGAAGAAGAGUACUUGGAGAUGAACAACUGGCCCAUCUGCAAAGACCAGGAUGAGAUGCUGAACCUGGCCUUUACUGUGGGUUCCUUCUUGCUAUCAGCCAUAACUCUGCCCCUGGGUAUUAUCAUGGACAAAUAUGGGCCGCGGAAGCUGCGACUGUUGGGCAGUGGCUGCUUUGCCUUCUCCUGUCUCCUCAUCGCCUACGGCGCCAGCAAUCCCAAUAAGCUAUCAAUCCUGAUCUUCUUUGCACUGGCAAUGAAUGGGUUUGGAGGCAUGUGCAUGACCUUCACCUCUCUGACGGUAGCGCACCCAGGUUUUGUUAUGAAGCGCUCGCGGGAGUCUCGCGCCGCGCUGGUUCGAACCGGCUCGAGCUCACGCUGCAUUCAGGUGAAGUGGGAUUUUCGGGCUCAAACAGCCUUCCUCAUAUACAGUCAGGUCUAG